GAAUAAAUGAAAUUGAAAAAGAGGGGAUAGAAAGUUUUAGAUUUUCAGGGAAGGACUCGGAGGCUCCAAAUUCUCAGGGAAGGACUCGCCGGCUAUUAUAAAUACGGAUCUUUUACCAAACCCAUCAAUGCAUCAACUGCUCUACCAGUACUACGUUCCUUUUUACUGCUUUUAUUUUUCUCCGAUUCGAAUUCGCCCUCUUCUUCUUCGUCUUCGACAUGACGAUCAUCAUUGAUCAGCCUGAUCACUUUGGCAUUGAGGCGGAGGAGAAGAUCCAAAACAACGAAAAGGAGUUGGUGUUGGACGGCGGUUUUACUCUGCCGGAAGGCAGUUUUCUGGUGCCGGAGAACAACUCAUUCGGCCACGGCUUUAGGGAUUAUGAUGCGGAAAGUGCAAGGCAAGAAGGUGUGGAGAAUUUCUACCGCAUCAAUCACAUUAGCCAAUCAGUGGACUUUGUGAAGAGGAUGAGAGAAAAUUAUGGGAAAUUGGACAAGGUGGAGAUGAGCAUAUGGGAAUGCUGUGAGCUGCUUAAUGAUGUGGUUGAUGAGAGUGAUCCAGACUUAGAUGAACCCCAGAUUGAGCACUUGUUGCAGACAGCUGAAGCCAUCAGAAGAGAUUAUCCCAAUGAAGAUUGGCUGCACUUGACUGGCCUCAUUCAUGAUCUUGGAAAGGUUCUUCUUCAUCCCAGCUUUGGGGAGCUUCCUCAAUGGGCUGUUGUAGGUGAUACCUAUCCGCUUGGAUGUGCAUUUGAUGAAUCAAUUGUCCAUCACAAGUAUUUCAAGGAAAAUGCAGACUACAACAAUCCUGCUUACAACACCAAAUAUGGGAUUUAUUUCGAGGGUUGUGGGCUCAACAAUGUCAUGAUGUCAUGGGGGCAUGAUGACUACAUGUAUUUGGUGGCUAAAGAGAACAAAACGACUUUACCCUCAGCAGCUCUGUUCAUCAUCAGAUACCACUCAUUUUAUGCCUUGCAUAGGUCAGGAGCAUACAAGCAUUUGAUGAAUGAGGAAGACACUGAGAAUUUGAAGUGGCUCCAAAUCUUCAACAAGUAUGACCUCUACAGCAAGAGCAAAGUUAGAAUUGAUGUAGAAAGAGUGAAACCAUACUAUCUCUCCCUCAUUAAAAAGUACUUCCCAGAGAAGCUGAGAUGGUGAGGAACUGGAGCUGCUGCUCAUGAGAGUUGGUUGAAGAUGGAUGGGAAUGGGUCCCCUGCAGAUUAGAUGAGUCAUUAAUGUCGGGACAUGUUUUUGUUUUAUUAGGUUUCUCUUUAUUUAUUAUCACUUCUUUUGGGGGGUUGGUUUUUGUUUUGUGAGCUUCUUUGAAGUCAGAUGGUAUGAGCAUAUCAGUGUGAAUAAUGGCAGUAUGUUUGUGCAAUAAUAUGCUCUUGUGGAAUAAUCUCACA